AUGGCUUCGUUUGACAUCUCGCAGGCUCGGGCUCGAUUCCCCGCUCUGAAGCAAGACCAGGUAUACUUGGGCAAUGCUGGAGCGACAUAUAAAACCUCCAAGGCGUCGAUUGCGGCAUAUGCCAAUGCUUAUGAGGGGGCGGCGAAGUUCAUCAAUGCCAGUCUCAGCGAAGUAUGUUCUCUACGCUCAGGAGCAAAUCAGAUUUGCCUGGGCGUCUCGACAACCCAGCUGUUGCAUAACCUUCCUACGGCGCUGCAGUCCCAACCCGGGGAUGAGCUGGUGCUGUCCAAGUUGAACCAUGAAGCCGAUACCGCUCCGUGGGCGAGGAUCGCCGAACGGCUAGGCUUGAAGGUGAAAUGGUGGUCGGCAACAGACCCCCAGAACCCGGUCUGUGAUCUGGACGAGCUGCAAGAGCUGCUUUCGGAGAAAACGAGACUUGUCGCAUGCCCCCACGUCUCGAAUGUCACCGGCACAAUCACGAGAGUCAAGGAAAUCGCGACCCUCGUGCAUCGGUAUCCGCGUGCUCUUCUGUGCGUUGAUGGUGUCGCACUCGCUCCGCAUCGAGAGGUGGAUGUCAAGGACAUCGGCGUCGACUUCUACGUGUUCUCCUGGUACAAAGUCUACGGACCGCACAUUGCUCAGCUGUAUGCCUCGUCUCGUAUUCAUGAUCAGAUCAGCUCGCUCGGCCACUUCUUCAAAGGCGCGGAGACUCUGGACUCGAAGCUCAACCUAGCCUCCGCCAGCUACGAAGCGACACAGAGUACACCGGCUGUUGUCGAGUAUUUGGGCGCCAACCCCACCACGACAUGGGACAAGAUUGUUUCCCACGAAGGGGGGCUGCAGCGGAUCCGGCUGGACUUUCUCAACAGCGAGGGUCGGAUUACGGUGUACGGAGAGCGGUCAGCAAGCACGGAGCUUCGUGUCCCCGUGGUCAGUUUCACGGUGCCGGGCACCCGGAGCCAGAGGGUGGUGGUGGAGGUUGAGAGUCGAUCGUCGUUUGGGUUCCGCAGCGGCCCUAUGUAUAGCUAUCGGCUGGUGGACGAGAUCAUAGGACUGAAGGAUGUUGAGGACGGCGUUGUCCGGAUCAGCAUGCUGCAUUAUAACACCGAGGAGGAGAUCCGCGGCCUGGUCGGUGUUUUGAAGGAAGUAAUCAACUCUCUCCCUGGAGAGAGCCAGUGA